AUGUCGGCGUCAGGAUCUGGAGUCCCCAAUGCUGGGGGGUCCUCGAGCUCGAAGAAGCAAUUCCCUCACGUUGACCUCGAGGGAAAUAACCUUCCUCCGUCGCCAGCUCCAUCCAGCCCCCACGGCGGUCGCCGGUACAACAUUGCCACCGAACUGGUCUUUACCGAGGGGAACGACCAGUACAAUGCGAGCAGUGUGCCAAUCUACCAGAGUGCCACCUUUAAGCAGACUUCCGGCGGCGGGGGUGGAGAGUAUGACUACACCCGGUCUGGUAACCCAACCCGCACCCACCUCGAGCGUCACCUAGCCAAGAUCAUGUCCGCCCAGCGGGCCCUAGUCGUGUCAUCUGGCAUGGCCGCCCUAGACGUGAUCACCCGACUCCUCCGCCCCGGCGACGAAGUCGUGACCGGCGACGACCUGUACGGCGGCACCAACCGCCUGCUGAAGUACCUCUCAACCAACGGCGGAAUCGUCGUGCACCACGUCGACACAACCCAGCCCGAGAAGGUCGCGCAAGUGCUCUCCCCAAAGACAACUAUGGUCCUUCUGGAAACUCCCACCAACCCUCUAAUCAAAAUUGUCGACAUCGGCCGCAUCUCCGCCGCCGCCCACGAAGCAAACCCCGCCUGCCUCGUCUCAGUCGACAACACAAUGAUGUCCCCCCUCCUCCUCAACCCACUCGAACUAGGCGCCGACAUCGUCUACGAAUCCGGCACGAAGUACCUCUCCGGCCACCACGACCUAAUGGCCGGCGUACUUGCCGUCAACGACCUCGCACUCGGCGAACGCCUCUACUUCCCAAUCAACGCCUCCGGCUGCGGCCUCUCUCCCUUCGACUCCUGGCUUCUUCUCCGCGGUGUGAAAACCCUCAAAGUCCGCAUGGAUCAGCAGCAAAGCAAUGCGCAGCGCAUCGCCGAGUUCCUCGAGUCCCACGGCUUCAAGGUGCGGUAUCCGGGUCUGCGCUCGCACCCGCAAUAUGAGCUUCAUAACUCGAUGGCACGCGGUGCCGGUGCCGUGUUGUCGUUUGAGACAGGCGAUGUUAAUGUCUCGGAGCGCAUUGUCGAGAGUGCUAAGAUUUGGGCUAUAUCUGUUAGCUUUGGGUGUGUGAAUAGCUUGAUUAGCAUGCCGUGCCGGAUGAGCCAUGCUAGUAUUGAUGCGAAGACGCGUGCGGAGCGCGCGUUGCCGGAGGACUUGAUUCGGUUGUGUGUUGGUAUUGAGGAUGUGGAUGAUCUCAUUGAUGACUUGCGGCGUGCGCUCGUUCAAUCUGGCGCGGUUAAUGUGACGCUGGAUGGGUUCGAGGCCCACUCGGCGACUGCGUAGAUUGGAUUUUGGGUAUAUGCG